GGGCUCCUCCUGCCGCGGAGAGUGUGCUCCAGUAGAACAGACAGACUGACCGACAGAAGGGGAGGCUCUGUGAGUGCUACACGGUGGGGAGGGGGAGGGGGCCAUCAUGUCAUCGUAUCUGAAGGAACUGGAGAAAUACAGAGACGUAGAUGAAGAUGAGAUCCUAAGGACCUUGAGCCCUGAGGAGCUCGAGCAGCUGGACUGCGAGCUACAGGAAAUGGACCCCGAGAACAUGCUCCUGCCAGCUGGACUAAGACAACGCGACCAGACAAAGAAGAGCCCAACGGGGCCACUGGACCGAGACGCCCUUUUGCAGUACCUGGAGCAGCAGGCACUAGAGGUCAAAGAGCGAGAUGACUUGGUGCCCUUCACAGGCGAGAAGAAGGGGAAACCCUAUAUUCAACCCAAAAGGGAAAUUCCACCAGAGGAGCAGAUCACUCUGGAGCCUGAGCUGGAGCAGGCACUGGCCAAUGCCACAGAUGCUGAGAUGUGUGAUAUUGCAGCAAUCCUGGGCAUGUACACACUGAUGAGCAACAAGCAAUACUAUGAUGCCCUCUGCAGCGGAGAAAUCUGUAACACCGAAGGCAUUAGCAGUGUGGUGCAGCCUGACAAGUAUAAGCCUGUGCCAGACGAGCCCCCAAAUCCCACAAACAUCGAGGAGAUACUAAAGCGUGUUCAAAGCAAUGACAAGGAGCUGGAGGAAGUGAACCUCAAUAAUAUACAGGACAUCCCAAUACCCAAGCUAACCGAACUGUGUGAGGCCAUGAAGACAAAUACCCAUGUCCAGAGCCUCAGUCUGGUGGCCACAAAGAGUGGUGACCCGAUUGCCAAUGCGGUGGCUGACAUGUUGCGUGAGAAUCGUAGCCUCCAGAGCCUGAACAUUGAAUCCAACUUCAUUAGCAGCACAGGGCUCAUGGCUGUGCUGAAGGCAGUUCGGGAAAAUGCCACACUCACUGAGCUCCGUGUAGACAACCAGCGCCAGUGGCCUGGUGACGCAGUGGAGAUGGAGAUGGCCACCGUGCUCGAACAGUGUCCCUCCAUCGUGCGCUUCGGCUACCAUUUUACACAGCAGGGGCCACGAGCGCGGGCAGCCCAGGCCAUGACCCGGAACAAUGAACUACGUCGCCAGCAAAAAAAGAGAUAACACUACCUUUGCCUUUACCAUCAACAGCUGGGAGCCCUGAAUGCUUAAAUCCUCAUCUGUCUCCCUUUCCUGUAAAUAAAGGUCCUUCUGUCCA